AUGAAGAACGCGUUACGCGAAGAGGAAAAUGCUGAACUCAUUCAUUUCAUCUGUCAAAAGUUGAAAUAUGUGAAAUCACCACAAUCAAUUUACAAACUGUGCCAACAAUUUAAAACAGAAACGGUUUCAUCGCGAAACGUCGAAAGUCUUGCACAUUUUGUAAGAAACUGGAAAGAGAGAAUUCAUCUGUUGGAAGAAUACGAUUUGGACACGAGAGCAAGAAUGAUUUUCGCGUUGGGAGUUGACAUCAAUGUGCACUUUCUGGCUGAAAUUCGACGAUUUGCACACGUGGCACUAGACGAGAAAGGACGAAUCACCAGUUACAAGAAGAAGAACGGAAAGUUGGAGUUUGGAACACAACAAUCUCCGAUCGGAGCUCCGAAACCGCUGAUGAAUCCUGUAAACAAUAAAGAAACCGCGCAACUCAUUCAAUUCGUCCUCCAGAAGACAAAAGACGUAGUCACUCAGAGAAGCGUUCAUUGGAUUUGUAGAGAUUUUAAACACAAAAUGAAAUCUAUCCACUCGAUUGCUACUCUUUAUACUAAAGUAUAUCAAUGGCGCCAGAAAAUUCACGAGUCGAAUGAGUUCGAUAUGGAUACCAAAGUGAGAUUGUUGUUCGUGUUGAACGGAAAAAUUGAUGACGGGUUUCUAGCAGAAAUGGUCAAGAAUGCCGACGUGGAAUUGGAUAGAGAGGGGAAGAUUGCCAGAUACAAGAAGCACGGAGAGGAAUGGGAAUUCAAAAAGAAAGAGGGGUUGAAGGUUGAAUUACAGCCACCUCCAAUCCCAAUGAGUCUGAGGGUGAAGAGAGAAGAAGACAAACAGAAAUACCCACCUCCAAUCAUUGUGAAAGAGGAGAGAGAGGUUGAAUUUCAGCCACCUUCUAUUCCAAUCAAUCUGAAAGUGAAGAGAGAAGAAGAAAGCCCGGAAGAUGAAGAAAGCGAGAUGAUUGAUGUGGAGACAGUCGAAGAAUCAAAGCCAGAAAUUCGAAAGAGUUCAAGAGUCUCAAAGAAACGAGAGCUCAGCAUCAUGCCAAUUAUUCGACCGUCGCCGUAUUCGCCCAAAGUUCCAAAACCGAAAUCUCCAAAACUACCGCUAUCAGUAGUAAAUGUGAAGAAAGAAUUCAAAAGUCCUGUGAAAAAGGGAACCUCAUCGAGUGAUGACUCAUACACUUAUACAAAUGCCGAUGGAUCAGGACCAUCGACUAGUGGAAGUCCUUCUAUGAUGUCUCCAUCGGGAAAACCAGUGAAUUCAGUUCCAGAUACUAUACCGGAUGUCAAUUUGUCGGUUUCAGACGGGAUCAAGUCGACGAGCCGACCGGCAUUAAGGACAAAGUUUUCUCCGAUGAACCUGAAGAAGUCUCCGAAUUCACCCACUAUCAAAAUUCCAACACCGAAAUCUCCAAAACGAUUGCCACCAGUCAAUGUGAAGAACGAGUUCAAAAGUCCGGCGAAAAAAGUGGAGAAUCAAGAGAGAAAAAGAAGCUCAUCGAGUGAUAGCAAUGCCAAGGAAUCAGAAUCAUCGACUAGUGGAAGUCUGGUGGAUCAGAAGAAGAGAAGAUUGAAUUCUCUUCCAGAAAUUGAUUCUGGUGUCGAUUUGUCGGUUUCAGACGUAAAAAAGACGCCGAAAGUCAAAAACCAACCGGCGUGGUUAGAUGAUCUCUAUCAGAAUAUCGGAGGAGUGCCAUUUGUCUGUGAUGAAAGUGUUCGAUCAGCACGAGAAUCAGAAAAUGACAAGGAACCGAAGGAGAGAACUGAAAUGACACGAGUAUAUUCUGAGGAAUCGUCUACCUCUGUCAAAUGGUAUUUGUGCGUUCUUCGUGCAUUCAUUGUCGCAUUGAAUCAUCCGAUUUUCAAUGAAUUGCAUGCGGAAAUCGAGUUUUUGAUCAAAAAAAUGAGUGUGAAGGAUGAGAAAUUGCCGCUCUUCGCCCUGCUCUUGAAUCUCGAAAGUCUUCUGAUGGUAACCACAAAAAAUGCUAGAUUCUAUCAGCAUCCGGACACAGACUGGAAAAGUCUCCGUGAUUUCGCAUCGAUGCUCCAAUUGGCCGCUGGGACCGUCAAUCACCCAAUUAUGGAUCCGUUUUUGAAGAAAUUGAGUGUUAUUAUUGAAGAAUUGACAAAGGAUACGGAUAAGAAAAUUUCAAUGGAGAAGCUCAACACCGCCUUCAAGAUAUCUAUCGACAUGCUAAAUGCAUAG